GGCUCGCACACGCCCCCUUGUUGACUGUAUCGCGCACUGGGCGCAGACGACGCACUGAGGCUCAGUGUGAAGAUGGCUCCCUUUCCGGACGAGGUGGAUGUGUUUACCGGCCCGCACUGGCGAAUGAAGCAGCUGGUGGGCUCGUACUGCGAAAAGCUUGUAAAAACCAACUUCUCCAACAACAGUGAUUUCCGCUCCUUUCUCCAGUCACUCUGCGCCACCUUCAAGGAAUUCAAGAUGCACGAGCAAAUUGAGAACGAGUACAUCAUCAGCCUGUUGCAGCAGCGCUGCUGCACCGUGUACAAUGUGCACUCUGACAACAAGCUCUCAGAGAUGUUGUCCCUCUUUGAAAGGGGGCUACACAGCGUUAAGAGUGAAUAUGAGCAGCUUAACUAUGUGCAGCAGUUGAAGGAGAGACUGGAAGCGUUCACACAGGACUUUCUGCCGCACAUGAAGGAAGAAGAAGAGGUGUUUCAGCCUAUGCUAAUGGAGUACUUCACCUAUGAGGAGCUCAAGGACAUCAAGAAGCAGGUGAUAGCGCAGCACUGCAGCCAACAGCAAUGGGACUGUGCCGCUGAGGUACUGAAGGGCUUCAGUUUGUGGAGCCAGGCAGAGGAGCUGCAGAAGGCCUUUAAAUAUGCGGAUCACGAGAAGACAGACUAUGAACUGGAGAAGAAAAAGGAUUCUUUUACCCACAUCACCCAGCUCCCGACAGAAAUUAUGCUGAGGCUGUUCCAUUAUUUGGGCCCUCGCGAUCUGUGUCGCUGUAGUCAAGUGUGCAGCUCCUGGUCAGAGCUGGCUAGGACGGGCUCUCUGUGGAGGCACCUCUACCCUGUGCGCUGGGCCAGAGGUGAUUAUUACAGUGGUCCACCUGCAGAUCUCGACCAGGAUCCCGACGACGAGUGGGUAAAGAGUCGGCAGAACGAGGGUCGCGCCUAUCAGGAAUGGGAUGAGGAUGCUGAUGUUGAUGAGUCAGAUGUGUCGGGCCAUACAGUGGGCUCCCUGGCAAUAAGCACUGCUCGACGAGAGAAGCAGCUUCUGAAUGGGAUUAUUCAGAAUCUUCUGCCAGCUGUGGGUCCAUCUGUCAAGUCCAUCGUUCUGGCAUACAGUUCUACAGUCUCAAGUAAAAUGUUUCGUCAAAUCCUCAGUCUCUGCCCCAAUAUUACUCAUCUCGACCUGACCCAGACUGAUGUUACAGAUUUUGCAUUUGACAGCUGGUUAUCAGUUGGAGCUUGCCUCUCUCUGCAGCACCUGGAUCUGUCAGGCUGUGAGAAGAUCACUGAUCACACCCUGAAGAAACUGUCUGUUGGGCUGGGCGACCUCACGCCUUCCACGUGCUUUGACAAGCGCGUAGACCGACGAGCCAAGCUCCUCAAAAGCUCCACACUACCCAUCACACUCAUGGAUGAGAGAAACCUACAUCCGGUGGGACGGAAGCGGCAGGCCAUCGUUUUCAAGCAUGCGACUGGCCGUUGGGGCACUGCCCACACGCCCACACGGGUCUGGGUACUGGACUCCUCAAACCCUGCCGAUAUUGAAGAUACUGCGGAGUGGAGCCGUCGUGGUGGGGUGUCUCUUCCUGAUGCAGAAGGCUUUGUUGAGACACAGCUUGUGGGAGCAUCGUGCCCCUGUAGGAGGAGCAGGGGGCGCGGGCACAGGACAAAUGCCUCCUAUUUACACCAGCAGUAUGCCAUGUCUGGCGAAAUGUUCUGCGGUCACUCCACCUGCUGCACUAGUGACAUGGCCCUCAGGACUUUUAUUGGGCCCCAGCGUGAGUUCAGCUCCAUAAGAAACAUCACUGCAGAAUUUCGGACUAAAUGCUCCUCGUUUGAGGGCCUGCAGUGUCUGAAGCCUGACAACAGGACUGACUGGUCAGAGGCAAAACGCUCACUGAGAUUUCUCAGUCUCUCUGGAUGUUACCAAGUCACUGAUUUGGGCUUGAGGGCUCUGUCUCAGCGUGGAGGACUUCCUGUCCUGGAGCAUCUUAACUUGUCCGGAUGCCUCUUCAUCACUGAGGUGGGGCUUCAGGAGCUGGUGUCUGCCUGUCCUUCCCUCAAUGAUGAACACUUCUAUUACUGCGACAACAUUGACGGUCCCCACGCAGACACGGCCAGCGGCUGCCAGAACCUGCAGUGUGGCUUCAGAGCCUGCUGUCGCUCUGGAGAAUAAGCCUACCUAGCAACGCUCUCCUAAAAGUGUCACGCCCCCUUUGUAUUGCACUUUAUCCUGGGAAAACCAUUUGCUGUAUUUUGUUUCACUUGUCACAAUAUGUUUCUGAACGGAACUGUAAUUUUGCUCCUGUUGUUUCAAUUUCCACCUAUAUAAAAUGGAAACAAUCCUUUAGAAAAGGAAAAACAUUAAGAGGUGAUAAAAGCUUGGAAACGUCUGCAAAUGUAAAUCCUGGUUCCUUUUUGGUUUGUUUUGAAAAAGUAAAAACUAGAGAAACAA